UUCUUUUUUUUUUUUUUUUGUGAGAAGCCUUUGGUUUGUUGAAUGAGUAAUGAUUGGAUGGGUCGGAGUAUACGAGUAUGGAUGGGUUGAAGUAUAGGGAGAUGGAGGCGAAAAGAAUGAAAGUGGGAGAGUAUGUUUUGAAAUCGAAGGUGGGAGAGGGUUCCUUCUCCACCGUAUGGAAGGCGGAGCACAUAAACGGACACCAAGUGGCGGUGAAGCAGGUGUACCUCUCCAAGCUCAAUAAUCCACACUUGCGCAACUGCUUCGACUGCGAGCUCAAUUUCUUGUCCUCCGUCAACCAUUCCAACAUCCUCCGCCUCUUCCACAUUUUCCAUGGUAAAGAUUGCAUUUUCCUUGUGCUUGAAUUUUGUGAUGGUGGAAAUCUAGCUUCCUAUAUACAUCUACAUGGGAGAAUUCCAGAACAGAUUGCAAGAAGAUUUAUGCAACAGCUUGCGGCUGGUUUGGAAGUAAUGCACUCUCACCACAUCGUUCAUAGAGACUUGAAACCUGAGAAUAUCUUAUUGUCAAGCACAGAGGGUCAUCCGGUGUUAAAAAUAGCUGAUUUUGGUCUCUCCAGAUGCAUACGCCCAGGUGAUUAUGCUGAGACAGUUUGUGGAUCUCCAUUAUAUAUGGCUCCAGAAGUUCUAGCAUUCCAAAGAUAUAAUGAAAAGGUUGACAUGUGGAGUCUUGGUGUAAUCCUUUUUGAGCUUCUUAAUGGGUUUCCCCCUUUUAAUGGCAGAAAUAGUUUUCAGGUCCUCAAGAAUAUAAAGUCAAGUACAUGUCUUCCAUUUUCUCAACUCGUUCUCCCUGGAUUGCAUCUAGAUUCUCUUGAUAUGUGUUCAAAACUUCUGUCUCUGAAUCCAGCACACCGCCUGUCCUUCAAUGAGUUUUGUUCACACAAUUUCUUGAGAAGUAGCGGGGUGGAAUAUAAAGGCGUGUCUUGGCAACUAAAAUGCUAAAUGUUUUCUUCUUGACCAGACACAUUUUCAGAAUGAUCACAUGUAGUGCCAGACUGCCAGUGAACCGUGGUCCCUUCUAGUUCUGUAUGUAUAUAAAAAGCUAGAAGUCUGAAUUUCAUAUGAAAGUUUUUUAAUCGUAUUGACAGAAGCAAUACUGGGUUUUAUUUUUAUAUUUCAAAGGAGUAAGAAAAUGAUGUAUGCCAACUGGUACUGUAUACAGAAGUUGAACUUUAAGAUUCAAUAUUGGCCACAAAGCACAUGGUUAAUGCAAUAUCACCAUCAACCACAGAAGUUGACUACAAAGCCGCAAUCAUGGCAGCUCAAGCGAAUAAGUGUUUAUAGAUUUGGUUAACAACUUACACUGGCACGUUGAUGAUUCUGCAGUACACAGGUAUAUUUUGAUGACCAAUCCACAUUCAUUUUCAGAAAGAGCCGCUAUUUCAUGGGAGAGAAAACAUGUAGAAGUGCACUCUUAUCAUUUUAUAGAUUGAAAGUUCUACAAGAGGAGAAUUAUAUUGUGGCUGAUCAAAACUGACAACCAGAUUGCAGAUUUCUUUCACCAGUGAUUGGAUUACCGCCAAGUUAAUAAUGUUUCAAAGCCAGGUUAACAAGGUUCUACAUGGUUGAAAAUUUGCAACCAAUGUUGGGGAUUGAAUGUAGGGGUGUUCAUGAUUCAAAUCAAUCCAAUUAUAAAAAAUUGGAAUUCCAAUUACAAUUGGAUUGGAUUGGAUUUGUAUAGUUGGAAAUUAAUUAGAUUGGAUUGGAUGACGGAUGAGAUUAUGAAAAUUCAAUUGGCAAUCGAUCCAAUCCAAUUACAAUUAAAUAUAUAUCAUAUUAAUUAUAAAUAUAUUUAAUUUUCUUAGUUUUUA